AUGACGACACCUAGGGUCUUCAUUAUUCGCCAUGGCGAAACCGAAUGGUCUCUAAAUGGCCGACAUACAGGUAUCACCGAGCUUCCAUUGACCGCGAACGGAGAGAAGCGUAUGAUCGCUACUGGCAAAGCCUUGGUUGGUGAUGACCGCCUGAUCGUGCCUAGGAAUCUUGCACACAUCUAUGUUUCGCCGAGGAAGCGAGCACAGAGGACCCUCGAACUGCUGUGUCUCGGAACCAGAGAAAAGUUACCCUGGCAAACGGAGCGUGCAUAUACAGAAGAACAUGUACGGUGCGAAGCCAAAGUUGAAGUCCGCGAAGAUAUUAGAGAGUGGGAUUAUGGCGAAUAUGAAGGUCUGACCAGCAAGACGAUUCGCGAGCAAAGAGAGAAACGUGGUGAAGGACCGUGGGACAUUUGGCGAGAUGGAUGCCCUGGUGGAGAGUCCCCGCAGCAAGUCACCGAUAGAUUGGACAAGUUUAUUGAUGAGAUUAGAGAAAAAUGGCAUAGUAAGGCAAUCGGAAAGCCACGAGGGGAAGCUCCACCUUGUGAUGUGUUGAUCGUUGCGCAUGGACAUAUAUUGCGAGCUCUUGCCGGGCGGUGGAUCAAGAAGAACAUCGCAGAUAAUCCUUCUUUGAUAUUGGAAGCUGGUGGCGUUGGCACCUUGAGCUACGAACACAUGAACAUCAACGAGCCCGCGAUUCUGCUUGGAGGUUCGUUCAUGGUGGACGUUGCCGAGAGUGCUGGGAAACAUCAGACGCAGUCAUAA